AUGCGUAUUCCUGUGUAUUUACGAAAACAACACGUCGCUUUCUGCGCGUUGCGUUGUUUGGCUCGAUAUUGUUUAUAUCCAGCUGAAGCGCAUCGGGGAUUUAUGCAGAGGAAUAGUAGUUAAAUUUGCAUAUUAAAUCCUCACUGCUAGAGAUGUCAUGUAACUAUGCUGAUGGUUUAUCUGAUUAUCAGAAUAAAGGCAUCUUAGGAGUACCAGAGAUUUUUGAUGACGAUGAAACAGUAGAUCAAAAAUGCGCACAACUAGCCAAAUUGAUUCAAGGGGCUACCCAUGUCGUGGUACAUACGGGUGCUGGAAUAAGUACAAGUGCUGGCAUACCCGAUUUUCGAGGUCCGAAUGGUGUUUGGACAUUGGAACGGAAAGGUGAAAAACCGAAAAUGAAUGUUGGUUUUGAUGAAGCUAUUCCAACCAAGACUCACAUGGCUUUGAAAAAGUUAGUAGAGGCUGGAUUUAUAAAAUAUGUCAUAAGUCAAAACAUAGAUGGAUUGCAUUUGCGCUCCGGAUUGGAGCGUAAAUAUCUUGCAGAAUUGCAUGGUAAUAUGUUCAUUGAGCAGUGUCUCAAGUGCCGUCGUCAGUAUGUCCGCAGCAAACCAACCCCAACAGUGGGGAAAAAACUUACAGGUGAAGUUUGUAAGGGAACCAAAAAUUCUCGUGCCUGCCGGGGUGGCAAUUUAAUCGAUAAUAUACUAGACUGGGAGCAUGACCUACCAGAGAACGAUUUAGAUAUGGCAUUCAUGCAUUCCGCGCUGGCAGAUGUGAAUAUAUGUCUGGGCACAACACUGCAGAUUGUCCCUAGUGGCAACCUACCGCUUAGGAAUAAGCGUUAUGGUGGAAGUCUUGUUAUUUGUAAUUUGCAGCCAACAAAGCACGACAAAAAAGCCGAUCUCAUAAUCUCGACAUAUGUGGAUACAGUGAUCGAGAAAGUAGCAAAGCGUCUAGGAGUGGAAAUUCCAUCCUACACGGAGGAAAUUGAUCCAACGAAAGCUAAUCCGUGCUCACUUGAGUGGACGAUUCCUUCGAAGGAUGUUAGAGCAUUGGACAAGCAGUAUUCGCAAAAUAUACGUGAAAAGUCAAACAUUCGCAAACACGGUCUGAAUAAUAGUUUCAAAGAAGAAAUGGAUGAUUUCAAACUGAAAUCAAAGAAAUUGAAAAAAGAAAAAGUUGACUCGUUACCCAACAACUCAGAAAAGAAGAAUGAAGCUGAUUUGUCACACAAUAAUUAGAAGAGAACAGUGAAUAAAAAUUUUGUGUCACAUAUAAGUAAAA